GUGGAGAGAGCUGGAGCCUGGGAACGAGGCUUGUGACGAGGCCGAGGGGUGUGUCCUGAGGCUGUGAAGAGACUGCAGAGGGGAGGUGGUGCCCGUGAAGCAGAAAAUGGCGCCUGCGAAUGAGCAAAGCUUGUGAAGCGGCGAGGUUUUUGUCUCUGGCCAAGCUCGUCUUCCCAGGACGGGAGAAAGUGCAGGUUCCUCGUGGGGCAGCACUGGUACAAGCAGUGGGAGGUGUACGUGCAGGGAGGAGAUCAGGACUCCAGCACCUUUCCUGGCUGUAUCAACAAUGCUGAACUCUUUGAAGGUCAUUGGUGAGAUGGCCAGACUGACUCAUCACUUUCCUUCCCUGAUUGUUCCUCUGCCACCUCCCCCCGCCCUCCUGCAGACCAGGUAAACUGGCACCUCAAGAAGGAAUUGGUGGAAGGUGAGGACUAUGUGCUGCUCCCAGCGGCUGCUUGGCAUUACCUGGUCAACUGGUAUGGUCUAGAGCAUGGCCAGCCUCCCAUUGAACGCAAGGUUGUGGAACUGCCCAGCAUCCACAAGGUUGAAGUGUACCCAGUAGAACUGGUGCUCGUCCAGCACAGUGAUAUGGACACACCUCACACAGCUCAAUUCAGCCAGACAGAUUCUGUUGACCUAGUUUUGCAAACCGCUCGAGAGCAGUUUCUGGUGAGCCCCCAGGAAGAGACACGGCUGUGGAUCAAGAACGCGGAGGGCUCUUUUGAGAGGUUGUGCAACACCCGUGUCUCAGUGCUUGACGCCUCUCUCAAGACUGGGCAGGUGGUUGUCAUGGAGACCCGAAACAAGGAUGGCACUUGGCCCAGUGCGCAGCCACAUGCCACGAGCAGCACAUUGGAAGAGGAAGAGGAUUUCCAGGGCCAGCCGGGCAUCUGUGGUCUUACCAAUCUGGGCAACACGUGCUUCAUGAACUCGGCCCUGCAGUGCCUCAGUAACGUGCCGCAGCUUACCGAGUACUUCCUCAAAAACCAAUAUGUGGAGGAGCUCAACUUCUGCAACCCACUGGGCAUGAAGGGGGAGAUUGCACAGGCCUAUGCGGACCUGGUGAAACAGGCGUGGUCUGGCCACCACCGCUCCAUUGUGCCCCAGGUGUUCAAGACCAAGGUCGGCCACUUUGCGUCCCAGUUUCUGGGCUACCAGCAGCAUGACUCACAGGAACUGCUGUCAUUCCUCCUGGAUGGCCUACACGAGGACCUCAAUCGCGUCAAGAAGAAGGAAUAUGUGGAGCUGUGUGACGCUGCUGGGAGGCCAGAUCAGGAGGUUGCUCAGGAAGCCUGGCAGAACCACAAACGGCGGAAUGAUUCUGUGAUCGUGGACACUUUCCAUGGCCUCUUCAAGUCCACACUGGUGUGCCCUGAUUGUGGCAAUGUGUCUGUGACCUUCGACCCCUUCUGCUACCUCAGUGUCCCACUGCCUGUGAGCCAUAAGAGGGUCAUGGAGGUCUUCUUUGUCUCCAUGGACCCUCGCCGCAAGCCGGAGCAGCACCGGCUCGUGGUCCCCAAGAAAGGCAAGAUCUCGGAUCUGUGUGUGGCUCUGGCCAAACACACUGGCAUCUCGCCAGAAAGGAUGAUGGUGGCUGAUGUCUUCAGUCACCGCUUCUACAAGAUCUACCAGCUGGAGGAGUCCCUGAGCAGCAUCUUAGACCGAGAUGAUAUCUUCAUAUAUGAGGUGUCGGGCAGGGCUGCUGUUGGUGAGAACUCCAGAGAGGAUGUUGUGCUUCCUAUCUACCUGCGGGAGCGCACCCCAGCCCGGGACUAUAACAGUUCCUAUUACGGCUUGAUGCUCUUUGGGCACCCGCUCCUGGUGUCGGUGCCCCGGGACCGGCUCUCAUGGGACGCCCUGUAUCAUAUCCUGCUGUACCGCCUCUCACGCUAUGUGACCAGACCCAGCUCGGAUGAUGAGGAUGACGGGGAUGAGAAAGACCUGGAGGAUAAGGAUAGCCUCCCUAAGCCUGGACAUGUGACUGAGGGCAGCUCCCAAGACCCUGGGCUGGAGCAGGCUGGGCCCAGCUCCGGAGUCGUGAGCGGAAGUCGGGCCCCUGUGGACAACUCUCCUGGGCCAUCUCACUGGCCCCAGAGGGCACGGCGCAAGCACCUCUUCACCCUGCAGACAGUGAAUUCCAAUGGGACCAGUGAUCGCUCGACCUUCAACGAGGAUACCCAUGGUGUCUCCUUCAGCUGUGAGCCAGGAUUGGGGAGGCGGGAGGGGGUUUUCCUUGGCAGCAGGGCCCAUGACCACCUCCCCUCACCCCUAGCCCAGCCGUAUAUUGCCAUCGACUGGGACCCAGAGAUGAAGAAGCGUUACUAUGACGAGGUGGAGGCUGAGGGCUACGUGAAGCAUGACUGUGUCGGGUACGUGCUGAAGAAGGCACCAGUGCGGCUGCAGGAAUGCAUUGAGCUCUUCACCACCGUUGAGACCCUGGAGAAGGAAAACCCCUGGUACUGCCCCACUUGCAAGCAGCACCAGCUGGCCACCAAGAAGCUGGACCUGUGGAUGCUGCCAGAGACACUCAUCAUCCACCUGAAGCGCUUUUCCUACACCAAGUUCUCCCGAGAAAAGCUGGACACCCUUGUGGAGUUUCCUAUCCGGGACCUCGACUUCUCUGAGUUUGUCAUCAAGCCUCAGAAUGACUCAGCCCCAGAGCUGUACAAAUAUGAUCUCAUCGCGGUUUCCAACCAUUAUGGGGGCCUGCGGGAUGGACACUACACGACAUUUGCCUGCAACAAGGACAGCGGCCAGUGGCACUACUUCGAUGACAGCAGCGUCUCACCUGUGACGGAGAAUCAGAUUGAGUCCAAGGCAGCCUAUGUCCUCUUCUACCAACGCCAGGAUGUGGUACGCCGUCUGCAAACCCAGGCCAGCUCGUCAAAACCCCCAGCAUCCUCUGCCUGCGGUGCCCCACCCAAAUCGGAGUUCAUGGAUGUAAACUGAGGGGCCCUGGCCCUGCCACCGGGAAGGAAGCUAUCCCGGCUCUCUUCCUUCCUGAAGCCACCCCUGUUCUCUUAACCCAAGUUAGGUGCCCCAUGCCAGGCGUCACAGGCUUAGUUGUGGCUACUGUUCUCCUUGCUGCUACGUUGCGCUCUCCCAGGGAAGACGAGGUUGUGUUUCCUUCCAGCAGUGUGUUCCCUGCUCGUGUUUGCCCUUUAGAGCAUUAACUUUCCCUUCUAUUCUCUAUUUAUGAUUCUCCCCUUCCUCUUGUCCUCAAUCUGGGGUGUUCUCAGGGGGUGGGGGUGGGGUACACCUGAACAGAGUGUAUUUUCUUAUUGAGACCCUGUACCUUGCUCUGUGUAUAUAUAAAAGUGCCAGUGUGUUCCUUGGCA